CUGCCCAGCUUUUGAGCCGAGCCAUGGAGUAGGCCGUCAAUGGAGGCAAGAAAACAAAGAACCAAACCAGGUGCCCAACUUUGGCCUGAUCUCUUUCCCAAACAACAUCUCGCCUCUCCUAGUCAUGGCGGAUAAUUUAAUCCCUCACCACACCUUCCUGCUCCGCUCUGUUUUAUUAUUGCGGCCACCUCACCGCUCCCAUCCCGCCAUGUCCUCUCCUCUGCCUCUCUCUCAUCUCUAGCCUCCCUCCUCUUCCUCAGCCUCCGACGACGCUGUUAGCUGAGAGCAAGGGAGGCCCUGGUCUACGCCAGCCAGCCAGCCAUGCUGGUGCGCUGCGACGUCUGCGGCGCCGAGCCGGCCGCCGUGCUCUGCUGCGCCGACGAGGCCGCGCUCUGCUCCGCCUGCGACCGCCGCGUCCACCGCGCCAACAAGCUCGCCGACAAGCACCGCCGCAUCCCGCUUCUCCAUCCCUCCGGCGACGACUCCGCCGCCGCCGCCGCCGCCGCGCCGCUCUGCGACGUCUGCAAGGAGCGGAGGGGCCUGGUGUUCUGCGUGGAGGACCGCGCCAUCCUGUGCCUCGACUGCGACGACCCCAUCCACAGCGCCAACGACCUCACCGCCAAGCACUCCCGCUUCCUCCUCGUCGGGGCGAAACUCUCAGCCGGGCUCGUCGACCAGGCGCCCCCCUCCCUGGACGACUGCCGGGGCAGCGGCUCCGACGAGCCCCACGACGUCGCCGCCAUCUGCCCGCCGCAGGCGGCCAAGAGCUUGGCUCUUGAUUGCAGCAACAGCCACGGCGGCGGCGGCGGCGGCGGAGGCGGCGGCGGCGGCGGAAGCAGCGGCGGCAGCAGCAGCAUCUCCGACUACCUCACCAACAUCUGCCCCGGCUGGCGCGUCGACGACCUCCUCUUCGACGACGCCGCGUUCUCCGCCGCCUCGGAGGAGGCCAGGCGCGACGAGCACGAGCAGGUUCCGUCCCUGGACGCCGACCUCUUCGACGUGGUCGCCGGCCGGCCGGGGAAGCGCGGCGCGUGGUACGGCGGCGCGAUGGGCCUCGAGAAGGUGCCUGCUGCUGCUGCCUCCAUUGCGGUCCCGACGGCGGCUAAGCAGCAGGGGCGCGUGAGGGAGAGGCACUGGAGCUGCGACAGCGACAGCGACGUGUUCGCGGUGCCGGAGAUCUCGCAGCCGCCGCCGGCCAAGAAGGCGCGGCCGCCGGCGCCGACGUUCUGGUGCUUCUGAUCGAGCUGCGCCACCAGCCCGGCCGCCAUGCUAGCUCGAUCCGCGUGUGCACUUCGCUACUACUGUGUACCAGUGUGUGUGAUCUCGCUGUUACUGUACUGUUACCUUAUACUUGCCACUACUAGCAGUGCUCAAGCCCAGUCAAACUCGGUGCAGUUUAUGGCCAUGAGAGAGAUCGUUACCGUACUGUAAAAACUUGUGAUUGUCAUGUGUGCCACCUAGCUACUUGGUCAAUGGUCAUGUCACAAUUAAUUAAAUGUGUUGAUGAUGAACGUGAUAGAACAUACACAAGUUCUGAAUUACCAA